AUGUAUCGGUUCCAACACCUACUACAUGACACUGCACAACAAAAAGUUGCCCAUUGCUCCAAGCCCACUGCAGUCACGCCGGUAUCGCUGGUAUUAAGCAAAAUAUGGCAUAUUGGUCCACAGUCUUCUGUCAGGGACUUCAAAAGGCAAAAAAGCGAUGAUCGAUACAGUACUAGUAGUAGCUUCUUGAGACUUGAGACUUGGCUGGGAUGGGCUAUUUUUAUUGCUGCGUUUUGUUUUGUUGCGCGCUUGGGCAAAACCAAAGAUCCUUUUGAACAGCCCGGUACAUGUCCUAACAUGCACCCACAAGCAGUGGUUUGCAAUCUUUACCGAGAUGUAAACUUUGUAUUUCCAAAUAAGUGA